AUGUCCACGAGAAGAGCGAGGGAGAACGACGACUUACACGAUGUCCCGUCCGACCCGCGAAAACGAUCUCGCGCUGCUGUAUCAAACGACGACGACGUAAACAAAGACGACGCUUUGCACGCACCGCCACCACCGCAAGGAGGAGGAGUGACUAUUCCGUCCACGGAAGCGUUGCAGUCUCUCUUGCAAUCCGUGAAUAACGCCGCCGCUGCUGCUGCCGCCGCGCAACCAACAACAUCAACGCCGUCAAUUCAUCACCAAAACGGAACGACGACGAUUCAGGCACCGAGAGACCCGAGGAGUCGAAGCAGCACGCGAGCGGCACAAGCAGCGCAAGCGCAAGCUCAACAACAACAUCAGCACGUGGGGGUGGGGGUUGUGCCGCAAUACGGAGCAGUAGCAACCGGUGGUGGGCCUCCUCCGAACGUGCACGGAGGUGCGACGACGACGCUUCCACAUCAGAUGAUUCAUCAAAGAGUGCCUCCGCCUCCGCCGGCGCAACAACAACAACAACAAGUCGUACACACGCAACAGCAGACGGUAUACUUGCAACAACCACAAACAACCACAACAACAGCAGUAUUACAUGGCGGUGGUACGGUUCAAUACGCGUAUCCGCCUCCGCCUCCGGGGCAGACGACGACGACGACGACGGUGCUUUCGGUGCCGCCGCCGCCGCCGGGACAAGGCGUCGCGGCGGGGACGGCGGCGACAGUUCCGGUUUCGAUUUUGCGGCCGGGGAUGAUUUUACCGUCGAAUAUGCCGAAAGAGUUACCAGUUGGACACAUCAUCGAGCAAAUUCCGUGCCCGCAAGAGAACGCGGGGAAAGUUAUCGGGCACGGCGGCGAGAAAAUUAAUCAGUUGCAACAAGCGACGAAAGCGAUCGUGAAAAUACAAUCCUCUGCGGAUGUCCCGAAAGGCGCGCCGAGAUUAAUCACCAUAGCUGGCGCUCCAGAGUGCGUGCGACACGCCAUCGAACAGUUGUUGCCCGUAGUCAACGCGUCUAAAGCGCCACCGGCGAAUAAUAUUCCGGUGUUCCAAGCGAACAUGGGAGCGCCGCAACAACAAGUGCUUGAAAUUAGAAUCGCCGUCCCGGAUAACAUGAUUGGAAGAGUCAUUGGACGCGGAGGGGAAACAAUCAAACGCAUCUCGGACGAAUCCGGGGCCAGAUUACAAAUUGAGCGCGAAUCGAACGAAGUCUCCGCGAAAGGCGACGCUUCGCAACUAGAAAUUGCUCGAAUGCUCAUCCACGACAUCGUCACCGCGCCGGUUCGACAAGCGCCGGCGCCGGGCGCAGGGGCGGGUACUUCCGGAGAGGGGAAGCCAGAAUACGUCGUCAUAGAGAUUGAUUCGCAAGGACAGGAGGGUCGCAUCAUUGGAAGAGGCGGUGAAAAUAUCCGAAGCAUGGCGAUGACGUCCGGAGCGAAGAUCCAAAUCGACAAAGAAACGAAAAUGAUUAAAAUAAGCGGUUUCAAAGAUAAAGUCGAAACCGCCAAACACAUGUUAGAAGCGUUCAUGGCGGAUUACGUCCCGAGAGAUCAACAACAAUACCAAAAGACCACCGAUGUUGCCGCUUCAGCGGCCGCUACCACUGCAAUCUUUGGGCAAACUUUAGAGCAACAAAACGCCGCCGCCGCGCACGAAGCCUCGUUGAAAAAAGAAGAAGAGGAAGAGAAGCCGUUGUGGGAGACGCAUCAAAGCCCGGAAGGAUUCACGUAUUAUUACAACACGACGACGGGUGAAACGCAGUGGGAGAUGCCCGACGAUUACGACGGUUUUAGUUAA